AUGCCGCCUCUCGCGGCAGCAGCCUCGCGUGCCGCGCCGCAUGGACUCGCAGAGGCCGCCCGCGUGCCCCUGACCAGGCCGGCCACACAGGGGAGUGGGCCCCUCCUCAGGUAUGUGUCACAGGCCGCCGCAGCCGAUGACCAGCAGCGGCGGCGGCGCCGCUGGCUGCAUCGGCGCGGCUCUGCCGGCCGCCGUGGCUCCGCCGUGGCCGCGGCGGAGCUCGGGGCGCUGCGGGCGCUGGCGCGCCUGGCGCCCGAGCGGCCGCGUGUGGCCUCUGCAGGCGAGCCGCGCCCGCAGCCCCUCAGUGAAGGGGAGAGCGUGGCGGUGUUGUGGGCCUACGCCUCUCUGGGCUCACCUGCGGCUCCGGCAGCCUUGGGAGCGGCGGCGGCCAAGACUGCAGCGGCACUCCGCGAGCCAGGUAGGGCAACAGUUGCGGGCGGUGGGCCUUCAGGGCUUGAGGCACUUUCACUGUACGCAGACCUUUGA